AUGGCAGCGUCUACCGCGUGCACGCUCGGUGCGGUCUGCUGGCAGGCAGCCGCCAAGGCCGACCGCGCGGCUGAGCUUCUGUCCUCCGCCAGCUGCGCUUCCACGAAGUCGCUUCGCGUCGCGCUUGCCGCCAAGGCCUCUCUCCAGGCCAGCGCUUCGUCGCGACGGGUCACUCGAUGCGCCGCGGCUGACAACACAACGGCAGCGGCUGCGGCGGCGUCGGAGGCGCCGGCGGCGGAGAUCACUGACACGUCAGCGUUCAUUGCCGAUGUGUCAAGCCUCAUCAAGCUGGUGGAUUCGCGCGAUAUCGUCGAGCUGGAGCUCAAGCAGGGGGGCUUUGAGAUCCUCAUCCGCAAGAAGGAGGCUCUCCCCGCCCCCGCGGCCCCCGCCGCGCCCCCCGCGCCCGCCUACCCCGCCUACCCCCCUCCCCACAUGAUGGCGCCGUUCCAAUACGCUGACGCCCCCGCCCCCGCCGCCGCCGCCGCCCCCGCUCCCGCUGCCAAGCCCGCUGCUGCUCCCGCCGCCCCUGCGCCGCCUCCGCCCGCCGCGCUUCCGCCCAUGGUUUCCCCCAUGGCUGGGACGUACUACUCUUCCCCCGCCCCCGGCGAGCCCCCUUUCCUCAAGGUGGGGGACAAGGUGACCAAGGGGCAAGUGGUGUGCAUCGUGGAGGCCAUGAAACUCAUGAACGAGAUCGAGGCGGACCAGUCAGGCACGGUGGUGGCCAUUAUCGCAGAGGACGGCAAACCAGUGUCUGUUGGCGCGCCUCUGUUUACAAUCAAGCCAUGA